AUGCUGCCUAAGAUUACUUAAAGCUAAGAACUUUAUUUAUUAAAUUAUUCUGAAGAAGCAACAUUAAACGAAGUAAAAAGAAGAAAAAAAGAACUGGAAUUAUAAGCUUAAUGUGUGGAAAAUAGAAUUAGAUAACUUAGGAAUGAGGAAGGCAAAUUAAUUAAAAGAAUUAAAUAAACAGAAGAAUUGACAUCAGAUGUUUAUAAAUAGAAAGUUGCUGCAUAAAUGAAAAAACAACAAAAAUUACAAAAAAAUGCAAUUUAUUAUAGAAGUGCAUAAAAUAAUACAAGAGAAUUGACGGAAUAAUCAACUGGCAAUGAGAGAAAUACAGAACUCUAUAUUAAAACAACGAUAGAAAGAAAUUAAUUGAAGAUAGUCAAAUAAGAAUUUAGAUAAUAUAAGCAUAAUGAAGCCCAAAAUUACAGAAAAUUAUUAAAAUAUGAGCAAUUUAAGUUUAUAGAGGAAUAAAAAAAGUGGCAUGAAAAUUAGAAAUUAAAGGCUGCCUUAAGAAAAUAAGAGUAAAAUUUAUCCGAGGUUUUAAUUCGAGAAAAAUUAAAUGAAAAAAGAAAUAAAAUAAAGUAAGAAUUGGACAAAGAGAAAUUCAAAACAAUUCAAGAAAAUGAAGAAAGGGAAUUACAUAUCAAAUAAUUAGAAAUUGAGGAACUGUAAAUAGUGCAAAAAUUAUAGGCAACUCAACAGAGAGAGAAGGAUGUCAAAGGCAAAUUAAUUGCUGCUACCAGAUUAUAACCUGAUGAAUUUGCUAAAACAUUUUAUUCUUUAAAUAAUACAUAAAUUAUUGUUGAACAAUCAAAUGUAUAAAAUAAUAAAUAAGAAGUUUGUGCUCAAUUAGGUUAAAAUAACAAUGAGCAAAAAUAAGAUUAAUCUAAUGGAGAAUAGUAAGGAACAUAAACUGAAGAAUGA